AUGAAUAGCAACUCGAAGCUGGCUCUUGUUAUGAAGAGCGGCCGAGUUGUGCUGGGUUACAAGAGCACUCUCAAGACACUCCGCAACGGCAAGGCCAAGCUGAUUCUCAUUGCUGGAAACACCCCUCCCCUUCGCAAGUCCGAGCUUGAGUACUACGCCAUGCUUUCCAAGGCCCCUGUCCACCACUUCACCGGCAACAACAUCGAGCUCGGCACUGCUUGCGGUAAGCUCUUCAGGGUUGGUGUCAUGGCCAUCACCGAUGCCGGUGACUCCGACAUCCUUAGCGACCAGCAGGCAUAG